AUGGGCACAACACACAAGCCUGUGUACCCACCGUGGAUCAGCAAACCAUGUGGCUCACGAAGCCCUGUGGAUCAACAAGCCACGUGGAUCAGCAUGCCACGUAGAUCACAACACCACAUGGAUCCCGAUGCCAUUUUACAAGCCAAAGAAGCAGCCAAGACAAUAAAGGCUACUUUGAAGCGUCGUAACACUGCUGAGCGAUUUCUGUCUCUUCCUGGCUACUCAGAUCAUUGUGUAUCUGAAGCUGUUACUCAGAGAGGAUCACUUAGUAUGUGCAGCUCCCCUGAGAAAACAAGGCAACAGUACCGAGAACGGAAACGAUCAAUGGACCGUGUGCGUUCUCAAGACCGAGAACAUAAACAGUCAACUUUAGAAAAUUUGUCCAACUUAAUGAGCACCUCAACAACUGUAGAUUCUGAUGAACGAUGUGAGAGUCUGCCACCACUGUCGCCAGCUGUUAAGGAGACAUCAUGCCCAAAUACUGUGGAUAGCUGUCAAGUUGUUUCUGGUUGCGUGGUCGAGUAUACUGUGGUGUCUACUCUUCAUUUACAGGUCGAUUCAAGAUCUCGCUACAUGAGUGUGUCUUGUCGGAAAUUGGAAGAAGGGUGUGAAUCGGAUCAAACUGAUAACCGUAAGGUGUCUACGGCUGAACUACCUCCAGAUCGUGUUCGUUAUUUCACCCAGUUACAGAGUCUAGUCAAAACUGGCACUCAGGAAAUUGCUUUUAACCAUCGACAGAGGAGUGAGGAAGAAGUGCUGUAUCAGCAGGAACUUUAUGAGAUGCUGUGGUUGGAACUUCAGGCUUGGCAAGCUGGCUUGGACUCCAGCACAUAUGAUAUCCAAUUGAUUUCCCAAAGACACGAG